UCUCUUUCUCACUCUCACGCUCUCUCUUCUCUUCUCUUCUCUUCUCUCCUUUCACUUCUUCAAGAACAUUCAUCAUCACCAAACCAGGACCCGCCGCGCCUACCACCGUGUCGACUGGGUUCCGUCGGCGGUGCCACCACUACUAGAACCCUAAAAACCCAAAAAAAAUCUCCAUAUCACCUUUAAAAACACUUAUUUAAUAGUUAUAAACACAAAUCAAACCCAAAAUCGUCAAAUUUAAACAAACAAAACAAAACCCCAAAAAACCCAGUUUUCAUUGAUCUAGAUCUAGAUUUGAAAUCUGAUUUUGUUAGAUCUAGAUCUCUCUGUUGAUUUUCGUUUACCAGUGGAUUUAAUUCUCGUUUACUACUGGAUUUGAUUUUCGUUCUUCCCAGAUCUUCUUGUUGAUUUUUGUUUUCUUCUACUGCUAUGGUUUCUUCUACUGGAUUUAAUUUGCGUUCUUCCCCGAUCUAGAUCUCUCUAUCAUAAUUAUUAUUAUUAUUAAUAAUAUUAAUUUUUGUUUAAAAAAAACCAAAAAAGGCCAUUUCUGGCCGGAAAACGAAAAAAAAAAAAAAAAAAGUCUUGGUCAAUGGUGGUAUUGCCAUUUCCGCCAUUUACAGGUGAUGGCGACAUUGUCAGUUCCGCCAUUGGGGUGGACCUGCAACGCGUCAGUUUUUGUCUCAAAAGAGGGGUAUUACGGCAAUUUUUUUGAAAACAAGGGUAUUGUUGUAAAAAACGUUUUUUUAAGGGGCAAGUAAAGAAAAAAAUCUAUAGAUGGCACACAUAGUCGUGUCAAGGUACGAAGAGCAGAUGCCCCUCGAUUUCAUGGAAGGAAAGAGUACACCACACAAAAUGUUUUUGCUGCAUGUAGCUUCGAUAUGAAAUUCACAUAUGUGUUAAGUGGUUGGGAAGGAACAGCAUCCGACUCUAGAAUUUUAAAAGAUGCUUUGUCUAGAGAAGAUUCAUUACUAAUUCCUGAAGGGAAAUAUUACCUUGGGGAUGCAGGAUUUCCCUUAAAGGGAGGGAUACUUACACCAUAUAGAGGUGUUCGUUACCAUCUGAAGGAGUACUCAGCUAGAGGUCCCCAAAAUCACAAAGAAUUAUUCAAUCUUCGACACUCAUCACUUCGAAAUGUCAUCGAGAGGACAUUUGAUGUACUUAAGAAGAGAUUUCCAAUUAUAGGUGGUGGUAAUGAGCCAUAUUAUUCGUUUCCCGUCAUGACAGAUAUUUUCAUCGCGUGUUGCAUACUGCAUAACUACUUGAUGGGAGUUGAUAUUGACAACCAAAUCAUAGCUGAAGUUGAUCAAGAAUUGCAACAACGUGGCAUAGAUCGAAGUUCCACGAAUCAAUGUGACGAAGAUUAUAGACAAGGAGCAAAUAUAAGAGAGAAUGUUUCGACUGGAAUGUGGAAUGAAUACCCACUAUAAUUCUUAAUGCAAACCUUUUUCGUUGUAUUUUAUUUGGCGUGAAUGUUGAAACAAUAAUUUGUAGUCAUAGUGUCGGUGUUUUCUAUUUCAUUGUAGUUGUUAAUGGAACAAGACUAGUUUUAAUAUUUGCUUGCAACAUUUUUGUACAACCACAUUAUCAGUUUAUUAUAUUACUUUUUUAGCUCCACAAUGUCAUUCUCUUUAUUUCUAAUAUUAAUGAUAAUUAGUGUGUACCUAUUUUUUUCAUGUAAUUUUUUUCAGAUGAAAGAAGAUUCAAAAAUGAUGAAGGGAAGUCAACAACCAAAGGACAUGAUGAGGUGGUCAGAAGAAAUGGAUCUAGCACUUUUGAAUGCAUUAACAGAAGAAGCACACAAAGGAAAUAGGCAUGAUGGUUCUUGGACUUCUGAAGCUUACAACAAUGUUGUUGAGUUGUUGAGAAACACAAUUGGAGGUCAUAUUACAAAGCAACACAUAAAGAAUAGAAUGAAGACACUAAAAGAGAACUUUGGUGAAGCGUAUGAUUUGUUCAAUAGCUUGAGUGGUUUUGCAUGGGAUCCAAUCACCCGAAAGUUUGAUGCAGAGGAGGAAGUGUGGGAUGCCUUGAUAAAGGAAAAGCCACAUGCUGUGAAGUGGAAGAGAAUGUGUAUCAAGAAUUAUGACAUGAUGAAAGAUUUGUUUGGAGUAGAUAGAGCUAAAGGAAAAACUUCAGGAACUGGUAAGGAUAAGAAGAAAAGGUGGGAGAAGGAAAGAGAAAAGGAAAAAGAAAAAGAAUUUAUUGACUUAAAUGAUAGUUUUGAGGAUACAAGGAUGCAUGAAACAGAAUCAAACUAUGUGGAUGAAACACCUCUUUCUCCGUCGAACUUUGAUGCAUUCAGUCAAGGUCAAUCUAACCAGUCAAAUGGAACCACUGCAAAUAGGGUGCAAAGCGAAAGGCCCAUGUUGUGGAACCCGUUGAGUCGCAAUAUGAGAAGGUUUCAGUUGGCAUUGAUGCAUUAGCGGAGGCUGUCAAAGAUGGUAACAAUCGGUCUGAAAAGUUGUAUCAAGUUGUAGAAAGACAAGUUGUUGUUGCUGAAAGACAAGUAUCUGUGGCUGAAAGGCAAGUGGACAUAGCUGAGAAGGAGCUAACCAUCAUCCAACAGAGUAGGCCUCGCCAUUAUAGUGAGUCUGAUGUGUGGAAUGUGCUAACCGAUUUGGGCAUCAACAAUAAUUGUAAAAUGGAUUGCUAUCGCUUUUUCUGUGCAAAUGAAUAAAAGAAAAGAGAACUAUUUGGUGUCCCCCCUGAAAUGUGCCUUCAAGUACUCAUAGAUAUGAUGGCAGAGGCUAACAAAAAAUGAUAGCACCUGAUAAUAUUUGUUUGCCUUUGGUUUAUGUUGAAUUGUUUUUCUCUUUCAAUUUUCUUUAAGUAUUUAAUAUUACUGUUAUGAUACUUUGCAAUUUGGGUUGCUGAAUAUUUCACAUGCUUAUGGAAUUUUUUGGUAUUUGUUAAUUUGAAGGGGAAAUUUCCUUUUAUUUCUAAGCCUCAUAAUUUAUAUACUUGUUGAAAAAAAAUUUGGAG